AUGAGUGUCGGGCUACAGCAUUUCCCUUCAGUCAUAGACAAGGACAGGGAUGCAUCAGCAUUGAUCGACCACGAGCAGCCCGUGGCACCAGCCCCAUCUCAGAUCAGCUCAGCGGACAAGGUCGCGGCAUAUCAAGCAGCUCUGGCAGAGGCAGCCCAUAAAGCUGCUGCCUCGGGCAAGUUCCGCCGCGAUUCUUCACCACCAGCACCUGCCGAGUUGACCAUCACAUCACCAACAACGGGCUCUCAGCCAAGUACUGCUGACCACAACAAUCGAGAUCCUGCUUUUGAUGACUAUGAUGACUAUGACAAUUACAAUGAUGACGAUCUGGGAAACGGCCUGGACGACUAUGACUUCGACGAUGACGCGAUCAUUGCUGAAGCGAAUGCCAGCGCGCUUGCUAAUGACUCCGAUGGCUUCUACGGUCAGGAGUUCGGCUUCUACUCGGCUCCGGCACAGCAGUCGCAUCACGCUCAUCACGGAUCCACCUCGUCAAAUUCAUCUUCUCUAAGUGCGCAGAAUCUCUACGAGUAUUCAAACGGUGGAUUCUUUGGCCCCUCGGGAGUCAACCGCAGCACGAGCGGUCGGGUGGUCAGCCGUGAGCCCAAUUUGACACCAAUCACUGAGCGGUCUGAAUACUCGAACCGCAACUCGAUCAUGAGUCUCACGCUGCCGCCCGCCAUUGGUUCAGAAGGCCGGAAUUCUGGCUCCCUCCAGUCGCCUGGUCUGGCGCAGUUGGCAAUGAUGGCUGAUGACAGUGACAUGUCACUCUCUGCACUGCUACGUCUACGCAACAAGACUUGGGGUGGGAGUCAAGCAAGUCUUGUUAGCUCACCGAGGGAUCAAAGCCCACGAUCCGAUCGUGCCGGACCGGGCGAGCGCGGAGAUGGCGCUGCAAGUCCCUGGGGCAUUCCCAGUGCCGGCGGCUAUCUUGGUGUUGCGAACCACGGUCGCAAGAACUCUGCCUUCUCGCUUUGGAGUAACUCGGACGCCGGGAGCGGCAGCGGGAGCCCAACCAUGACAAUGAACAUGGCUUUCCCAAGCAUCCCAGCCCACUCGGCAGCGCCCGUCAACAUCAUGCCAUCACCAAUCUUCUCCCCGCCCGCUCCUCCCGCACAGCAGCCGUCUCCAGUGCCACAGUGCCCACCAGUCUUUGAAGACGAGGAGAUUCACGACGAUGCGCCGCCGAUAGAGAACAGCAGCAUGUCCAACUCGGGCUUGUGGAUGAAGAGUCCAAGCGAAACGAGCCACACCAACAUGAUAUCGCCCAUCUCACCAACCGUGGCGUCAGGUCCGAGCAGACGGCCGGGUAUGGGGCAUCGCCACAAGGGCUCUGCGGAUAGCAUCUCGUACAUCAAGGAGGAAGACAGCGGCGAGACGCGCUGGGUGGUCGAGCGCCGCCGCACAGCAGAGACGGGGGAGGUGGAGAUUUUAGGAAGAGAAGUCCUCGAGGGCGGGCGGAUAUAG